AUGGGCGGAACCCAAUCCAAAAUGCCGAUCGAGCACGAGAAGCUCCUUGUCGAGCGUGUACGAGCGUUCCAGCUCGAGGACAAUCAGCAGGCGGAGAGCGACUAUGUCCACAUUGACGAGAAGGCAGUCGGCGGACAAGCUUUGCGAAGGUCUCCAUGGACUACAUUAUCCGUAUCAGAAGUCGAGCACUGGGAACAUGAGCUUCUGCAAGACCCAAAGAACAAACUUGCUCUCUCUGCCUUGAGCUCCGCAGACCCAAAGACCGUCCUCACAUCUCGAGCAACUACGAUUAAAGACCAACAGAUAUUCUCUGUCAAGAUUCCUUUUGAGGGCGCUCCUAUCACCAACCAGCGAAGCUCGGGAAGAUGCUGGCUGUUUGCAUCAACAAAUGUAUUCCGGGUAGCUUUGAUGAAGAGGCAUAGUCUUGAUAAGUUUGAAUUAUCACAGGCAUAUCUUUUCUUCUACGACAAGCUCGAAAAGGCAAACUUCUACCUCGAACAGAUCCUUGAUACCGCAGGCGAGGAUCUUGAUAGUCGCCUGGUACAGACUUUGAUGGCACAACCUGUAAGCGACGGUGGACAAUGGGAUAUGGUGUACAACCUCGUACACAAAUACGGUCUCGUUCCACAAGUUCUAUAUCCGGACAGCUUCAACGCUAAAUCCUCUGGCGCUAUCAACCAGCUGAUCACCACGAAGCUGCGAGAAGACGGGUUGAAGCUCAGAGCGCUCGCAACAUCUGGUACAGCGAAUAGCAGAGACGUGGCAGCAGCCAAAGAGAAGAUGGUGCGCGAGAUUCAUCUCAUCCUUACUCUUACACUCGGUCCUCCUCCAUCGCCAAGUAACGAGUUCACCUGGAGUUAUGUCGACAAAUAUGGUUCAGCGCACGAAUUGAAGACUACCCCUCUCGCAUUCGCUAAAGAGCUAUCAACACCCAAGUCCAUCCGCAUCACCAACUCAACUGUCCAUAACAUGUUUUCUCUCGUCAAUGAUCCACGAAACGAGUACAAUUCCCUCCUCACAGUCGAUCGUCUCGGAAAUAUUACUGGAGGUCGGGGAAUCACCUACGUCAAUGUUACAAUGGACGUCAUGAAAGCUGCCUGCAUCAAGAUGCUUCAGACUGGACUUCCUAUCUUCUUCGGUUCGGACGUUGGAAAGUACAGCAAUUCCACAUCUGGAAUCAUGGACACCUCUCUCAUCGACUAUGAACUUGGCUUUAACAUCACUCUUGGAAUGACAAAAGCACAAAGAUUGAUGACUGGUGAGAGUGCCAUGACACAUGCCAUGGUCUUGACUGCCGUUCAUCUUGACGAGCAAGGAAAGAGUGUAAGAUGGAGAGUUCAAAACAGCUGGGGUGAGGGAGCUGGAACGGAUGGGUGGUUUGUUAUGAGCGACAAGUGGAUGGACGAAUUUGUCUAUCAGGCUGUUGUUGAACCACGAUUUGUGGACAAGAGCAUCAGAGAGAUUUUGAAGACCAAGCCAAAGGUUCUCCCAUUGUGGGAUCCUAUGGGUGCUUUGGCUUGA